UUUUCUUUUUUAUUUUUCCAGAAAAUACCAAAGGUUACAAUAGGUGUUAUGCACAGAUUUUAAAUGUUUCUUUCGUAAAUGAAAGUGCUGAUCAAUAAUGCGUUGAAGCUGAACAAGUUCAAUUUUUGAUACUAUGUUUUGAUUCCCUGGAUCCAACGCACUCGCUUCAUUAAGCGGUAGAGAUGGCGUGGUUUAGUACGAACAACACAUGGCGUAGCUUCCCAGAUUUGGCGGGAGCGGUGAAUAAGCUUCAGGAGAGUGUGAAGAAUAUUGAGAAGAAUUUCGAUAGUGCUCUCGGGCUUGAGGAGAAUUCUGAAUCCAGCAAUGAAGCUUCAGGGUCAUGGACUUUACGCCGAGAUCCAAAAGCAUUGUUUAAUCCUGUUAUGGCAUUUAUGGGGAAUAAUGGUGAGGAAAACACUGAUGAAAAAUCAGAACAACUAGAAUCCCCUCAACAAGAAUCUGAACCUAAGAAAUCAUUGGAUAAACCGGUGUCUCCAGAUGAUGUACCUGUUGCUGAGAAAAAAGAAACCACUGUUGCUGAGGAAAAAGAAGGAUUCCAAAAUGAUAGUGCAGCAGUUGUUACUACUGAAGAAACUAUUGUUGCUGAGAAAAAAGAAGGAUUGCAAGACGAGAAUGCAGCCCUUGUUACUACUGAAGAAACCCUUGGUGAGAAAAAAGAAGGAUUCCAAGAAGAAGGAUUCCAAGAAGAUAAUGCAGCCAUUGUUACUACUGAAGAAACCGCUGUUUCCAAGAAAAAAGAAGGAUUCCAAAAUGAUAACGCAGCCCUUGAUACUGCUGAAGAAACCACUGGUGUGGAAAAAGAAACCACCGUCGCUGAGGAAAAGGAAGGAUUGGAAAAUGAUAAAGCAGCCGUUGUUACUACUGAAGAAACCACUGAUAAGAAAAAAGACACCACUAUUGAUGAGAAAGCUGAAGGAUUUGAAAAUGAUAGCACAGCCGUUGUCAAUACUGAAGAAACCGAUGUUCAAGAAGUGAAUGAAGCAGAGAAGGUAGAAGAAGAAGGUGGUGAACAGAUGGAGUCUGCAGAUGAAAACACAACCCAUGCCACAGCUGACGAAACAACUGUCUUGGAAAAGAAUGAAGUGCUUAAAGUAGAAGUAGAAGAUGGUGAGCAGAAAGAAUUAGCAGAUGGAACAACUAUUCAGAAUUUGGACCAUGGAAGCGAAGAACACCAACUACCUGAGAUGCCUGUUGAUUUGUCUGAACUCAACAUCCAGCAUGCUAAGAGUUUGGAUCCUGAUCCUGUUGUCAUUAAUCAAGAAAAUGAGAUUGCCGAAGCGAGAACUACCGAGAGUUUAUUGUCAAUGCAACCCAUGCCUGUUAAUCUUGGAGAGGAUCAAGUUGAGGGUAGUAUGAGUGAUCCUGGUGAGUCACAAGGUUUGAGUGAUGUGCAACAAAAAAAUCAAAUGGAGGCAAAUGAGGAAAGUAAAGAAGAGAGGGUGCAAGCAGAAGAAAGUGUGGAGAGAGUUUCUUCCAUUCAACCUGAGAUAUCAGGUGAUAGCGACAAAAAAGACAAGGCUGAUACUUCUGUUCCACAUGCUAUGGCUGUUGAGGAAGAUGAUGCUGCCAGGCAUUCACAUAUUGAAAUUUUGUCCAGCUUUAGUCCAUCAAAUGAAUCUUCUGAGGUGGUAUCUGAAUCAAGUUUGCAUGAAAAUGAAGCAACUCAUGAAGCAAAGGAAGUAUAUCAUAAAGUCAAUGAUGUCAAAACCGACACUAGAGAGCAGCAUUUGCAGUCUGUUACAAAUAUUUCUGUCUCAGAUUCUAUGCUUGAAGUGGAGAGGCUGAAGAGGGAUAUGAAAAUGAUGGAAGCUGCACUUCAAGGUGCUGCCAGGCAAGCUCAGGCUAAAGCUGACGAAAUUGCAAAAUUAAUGAAUGAAAAUGAACACUUAAAAGGCAUGAUUCAGGAUUUAAAGAAAAAAUCCAAUGAUGCAGAGAUGGAGCAUUUGCGAGAGGAAUACCAUCAGAAGGUUGGAACUCUUGAGAGAAAGGUGUAUGCUCUCACGAAGGAAAGGGAUACGCUUCGACGGGAGCAGAAUAAAAGAAGUGAUGCUGCUGCUCUCUUGAAGGAAAAAGAUGAAAUAAUUACUCAAGUUAUGGCAGAAGGUGAAGAACUUUCCAGAAAGCAGGCUAUUCAAGAAUCGACAAUUAGGAAAUUAAGGGCUCAGAUUAGAGAACUUGAGGAGGAGAAGAAAGGUUUGGCUACUAAACUUCAGGCAGAGGAGAAUAAAGUAGAAAGUAUCAAAAGGGACAAGAUGGCUACUGAGAAUUUGUUACAAGAAACAAUGGAGAAGCAUCAAGCAGAGCUUGCAACACAGAAAGAAUAUUACAGUAAUGCUUUGGCAGCUGCUAAGGAGGCUGAAGCAUUAGCAGAGGCACGUGCCAACAAUGAAGCAAGAACUGAGCUAGAGAAUCGUCUAAGGGAGGCUGAGGAUCGUGAAUCUGCUCUGGUCCAGGCUCUUGAAGAAUUAAGGCAAACCUUAACUAGAAAGGAUCAACAGGCAAUCUUCAAAGAAGAUAUGCUCCGGAAAGACAUUGAGGAUCUUAAAAAGCGCUACCAGGCAAGUGAAAGACGGUGCGAGGAACUGAUUAUGCAAGUUCCAGAAUCCACAAGGCCACUUUUGAGGCAAAUUGAAGCCAUGCAGGAAGCAAACUCCAGAAAGGCAGAUGCUUGGGCUGCUGUUGAAAGAAAUCUCAGUUCUAGACUUGAGGAAGCAGAAGCUAAAGCUGCCGCCGCCGAGGAACGUGAGCGUUCAGUGAAUGAACGCUUAUCUCAAACCUUGUCCCGAAUCAAUGUUCUUGAUGCUCAGAUUUCAUGUCUUAGAGCCGAACAGACUCAGUUAAAUAGGACACUUGAAAAGGAGAGACAAAGAGCGGCAGAAAGUAGGCAGGAGUACCUUGCUUCAAAGGAGGAUGCCGACACCCAAGAAGGUCGUGUAAGAAGGCUUGAGCUAGAGAUCAGGGAACUCAGGCAGAAACACAAGAAAGAGUUACAGGAUGCAUUGGUGGAAAGAGAAUAUCUGCAGCAGGAGAUAGAGAAAGAAAAGGCAGCUCGGUUGGAUCUGGAGAGGACUUCUCGUCUUCAUUCUGCUCAAUUAUCCGAUCAAAGAAUGACAACAAAGCAAAAUUCUGCCUUUGAGAAUGGCAACCUGUCUCGGAAAGUCUCUAGGUCAAGCUCGCUGGCAAGCAUGGGAGAAAGCUACUUUCUGCAAGCAUCAUUGGACUCAUCUGGGAGUUUCUCCGAGAGGAGAAACUCUGGAGAGGGCAUGAGUCCUUACUAUAUGAGGAGCAUGACACCCAGUGCUUUUGAGUCAGCACUUCGUCAGAAAGAGAACGAACUUGCUUCAUACAUGUCACGAUUGGCAUCAAUGGAAUCUAUUCGUGAUUCUCUGUCUGAGGAAUUGGUCAAAAUGACGGAACAGUGUGAAAAGUUGCGUGCGGAGGCAUCCAUGUUACCUAGUGUAAGAGCAGAGCUAGAUGCACUGAGGAGGAGGCACUCUGCUGCGUUGGAGUUGAUGGGCGAACGUGAUGAAGAGCUGGAGGAACUUCGCGCGGAUAUCGUGGACUUGAAGGAAAUGUACAGAGAACAAGUCAACUUACUUGUUAGUAAGAUUCAAAGGAUGAGUUCAUAAAUAGUGGCUAACUGAGCUGUAAGAAAGCUUAGCAUGUAGUAGAACUUGUGAUCUGAAUUGCACAGUUAUAGUAAAUUGAAGAUUAAUGCAUGCUCUAUAUCUGAUUCUCUCUUGGCAAUAGUUAUUCAAAGUCACCCUUGUCAAAAGUGUAACUUGUAUUCUUACAAGAAAAGAAAUGGGGAAUAAAAAUAAAUUUAAUUUUGUAUUUUUUUUAUUUGCAGAAUUUUGUAUAGCUAAUCUAUUACCAAAUUUAAACAUGUAUCUUCUGGUUGAUAUAAAUAGAUAAUUACUAUUUUUUGGUGGGAAU